AUAUGUUUUCUGUUUACUGGAAAAAACGCAGAAAAAUGAGCGAGAAGCAAAAAGCCGAUAAGGAGAGAAAAAUUAAUGCAAAUGAGGUCUUAAUAGAGGAAAUUGAUAGUAAUGAUGUGCCAGAAAACGAGCUGGCACAGUUUGAGGUGACAGAACCAUUGCGCGUCGUUGAAAUAAUUGACUUGGAUGACGAGGACUCUAUGCCGCCGUCCAAUGAUGCCUUAAAAGCGGCUGAUGAAGAAGGCGCCUUAAUUAGACGCUAUGUGCAGGGCGUGCAGUGCCUUGAAUUUCCUGACUUCUGUACCAAACUUGAGCCUGGCGAUGAAGAGGAUGACAACGAGGCAGCACACUUGGCGUCCAAAAAGCAAAAUGAGAAUUGUGAGCAAGUACAAGAGGCGCCCAGUACAAGUGCUGCUGCCGCAGCAACCGCUUCCAAGCAAUCAGCACCACCGAAGACACAGUCCAAGGGUUCGUUUGGUCGCGCCGCAGCCGGUGGCAGCUCGGGACGCCGCAGUCAAUUGAGCGCCGCCUUAAUGGGCCUCAUGGGCGAAGCGAAUCUCUCGUUUGCAUACGGUCGUUUCGAUGUAGCCGAACGAAUUUGUAUGGAAAUCAUACGUCAGAAUCCUCUGGCCAGCGAGCCCUUCUACACGCUAGCCGAGAUUUACGAGAAUCGCGAUGAGGUCAAGUUCUUGCACUUCUCCACAAUAGCAGCGCAUCUGAAUCCGCAAGAUCGCGAUAUGUGGAUACGUAUCUCGGAUUUGCUGGUUCAACAGGGCCACUUGGCACGCGCCCGCGACUGCUACACGAAGGCUAUCAAGGUGUUGCCCAAGGAGUAUCUGUUGCGACAGCGCAAAGCGCAGCUGCUGGAGCGCAUGGGAGAGACAAACGCAGCGAUGUUUACGUACCUGAAGAUGCUGCCGCUGAUGCCGUCCAGCGAGUGGAGCUUGUGCCUCACCACCGGCAAGAAUGUGGCACGCUAUUUCCACGAGCUGGAGAAACACAGCAUCGCACUGGAAGCCAUGGAGGGCACGUAUGGUGUGUGCGGCGCCCGCUUCACAAACGAGGAUCUCAACAUCUACCUCGAGCUGCUCAUACUCAAUAAGCAGUACAUUAAGGUGUUGCGCUGUCUCCGAGAGCGUACCAAAUUGGAGCUGGAGACGGAACAGGAGAGCCUGGAGCUUAUCUACUUUUGCCAAAUACCCGACGACUAUGUGCCCGAGCUGCGCGCCAAGCUCUGCGUCAGCCUGAUCCACAUGCAUGCGCACCAUCUGCUAGGCUACAUUGUGCAGAAUGUACAGGAGUAUAUAACGCCCACGGUGGACCGCGUGGAGUUGUACAUGGACGUCACCGAGGCAUUGAUGCAGGAGCAUAAGUAUGCGGAAGCCAUCGCUCUCAUGCGACCAAUCACAGACUCCGAUUCCUUCGAUUGUCCCGCUUUCGUUUGGCUGCGCCAUGCCGAGUGCUUGCGUCAGCUGAAUCGCACCCAGGAGGCCAUACAGAGCUACGAGCGGGUUGUCCAGCUGGCUCCAUACUGCUAUGAGGCCAAGUUUACGCUGUCGGCGCUGCUCAAGCAGCAAGGCCGACCUGAGGAAGCAGUUAAGGCUCUGGAGCAGUCAGGCGAGCAAGACGGGCAGCCACUGCAUGCGCGUCUACUGUACGAGCGCUGCAUCAUGCUAAAGCAGAUCAAUCGGAUCGAUGAGUUCCUCGACGUGGGCUAUGUGCUCCUCAGCCGGCACUCGAUAAAGCUCAAGAACCGCGACGAGAUGAUAGCCGCCUCGAAUGGCGGCGGCGCCUACAACACCGAGGGACUCAAGGCCAUCUUACAAAUGCGCAGCCUGGCUGAUGUCUCGGGAGGUGCCGAUGCCGAGCAGCAGGAAUCACUGAAGACAUCGGCAGCGGCCAAUUCGGAGGGCUCUGAUCUGACCAUCAAGAAUGAGUACGAGUUGUUCCUGGAGCUGGUGCGCACGGCGCAUGCGCAUGGCAUGCACAGCAUCGUGGAGCGCAUCUGCUUUGCCAUGGUGACUACCAGACGUUUCACCUACUACCACUACGAGAUUGAGCGCAUCAUGAUAUUGGCCUGUUACUUCAAUCACGACUGCGCCAUUGCCUUCUCCUAUCUGCGCGAGCUGAUUGCCAAGCAGCCGGACAUGAUCAACUUGUGGAACAUGCUGUCGCUGAUGGUGCAGCAAGGCGACGAGGUGCGCUACUUUCGGUACGCUCGACGGCUGCUGGAACGCCAUCCCAAGGUCACCCAGCCCAUGCGGCUCUUCCUGGGCCACUAUCAUCUCAAUUGCAGCUCGUACAAGUAUGCGCUGAAUGUCUAUGUGCCCAUAUUGCGGGAGCAGCCGCAUCCGCUGGUCGCUCUCUCCAUAGCUGUCGUCUUCAAUCAGUUGGGGCUGCAGAAGAAGGUGCUGCGCAAGUCGGCAGCUGUCGCCCAGGCGGUGGCCUUUGCCCUACGCUAUGCGGAAUUGCGAGCGGGCUGCAACGUCAAGGGCAGCGAUGUUCCGGAUACAUGUGCUGUCCAGCAGGAGAUCUACUACAAUAUUGGACGCAUAUAUCACCAGGCGAACAUCCUGCAUCUGGCGAUUGAUUAUUAUGAGCGGGCCUUAGCCGCGCAGCAUCCGCUGAUAAAGCAGCACGAGUCGGUGCUGGGACUGCAGCAUGAGGCGGCGUUCAAUCUGCAUCUCAUCUAUCGCAACAGCGGCAACAAGUGGAAGGCGAGGCAGUGUCUAAUGCGUUACUGUGUUGUUUAA